AUGGUAUCGCCGGGGUACACCGAGGCGGAAAGUGACCUAGAAUUGGUGAGCUGGGAGCCGGCGCCACGGAGAGAACGCAGACGCGAGGAGCCCCACCCCAAGCGCGAGGAGCCCUGGACCAGCAGUAGCAAGGAGCCCCGCACCAGCAAGCGCGAGGGGCCCCGCACCAGCAAGCGCGAGGAGCCCCACACCGGCAAGCGCGGUGAGCACCGGACCAGCAGACGCGAGGAGUCCCGCACCGGCAAGCGCGAGGAGCCCCGGACCAGCAGGCACGAAGAGCCCCACCCCAGUAAGCGCGAGGAGCGGCCUGAGGGAGGAAGGAGGGGGCGCACGGAGACGCGGAAGGAGGAGCCCAGUGAGCGGGCCUCGAAGCGGGCGUCCACGCGUUCGACGCGUACGGCCAAGGAAGAGGAGUCGUCGGCACGCACAAGGGGUGCGCCGAAGGCGGCUCGAGUCCAGUCGCCCGAAGAGGAGUGGCAGGAGAGGCUACGACGAGCCGAGGUGGAGGAGGAGGAGCUCUGGCAGCCACCCCCUGAACACGUCGAGUCCGAGGAGGAGCCACGGCCGCAGGCCCCACCGUCACCGGGGGCAGAGGAAGAGCUGUUCCGGCGUCGGCCGCCGGCUGACGACGCGCGCGGUCAAGGGGGUCAGCAGCAUCAGCAUCAGCAGCAGCAGCAGCAGCGUCAGCAGCAUCAGCAGCAGCAGCAGAAGCGUCAGCAGCAGCAGCAGCGUCAGCAGCAUCAGCAGCAGCAGCGUCAGCAGCAGCAGCAGCACUGGCACGGGCCACAGGGAGCCGCCAUCGGGCAGGAGGUGCGCUCCGCGGUGCGAGACGGCAUGAUGUGGCACGUGCAAACGCUGCACAUAUCGUGGGCCUCUGGGCCCGCGCCCCAGCAGCCCGGGCAAGAAGCGAGGGAGGCUCGACUGUGGGAGAAGGCACCACGCGCCAGUGACGAGCGGGACCCGAGGCGGCGGGCACGGCCACAGGAGUCGACAGGCCCAGCGGUGGCACCCACCGCCGAAGAGGUGCCCGAGGAGGCGCCCGGGAGGACGGCAGAGGUCGAGACGGAGGGCAGACGAACACGCCAACAUCACUGACGGCGGAGGGCCCAGCGGCGGCGCCCGAAGCCGAGGUGGCGGCCGACGGCGAAGCGGAUGACGGCGCAAGAGCAACGGCGGAAGC